AUGCAUGCUGAACUAAACCAGGCUCAGAAGUGCUCAGGCGCAGAAGCGAAUCCUGGUGUUUGCCUUACCCCACCUCCUUCACCAGCUACCUCGAGAAAAUCCCGAGAAGAGCAUCAAGAAGAACCCUCUUUACUAGCCCAGAGCAACCUCGUGCUCAGAACUCCUCCAGCAAGUCCCCUCAAGGGACAAGGCUUGGAGGGCAACAAAAAGAACAAAGCAGACCAGCUCUGGAUUUCAAGUCUUGAGUCAUUGAAAAACCAGUUGGGUAUUCGCCGAGGACGAUGUCGCGCUCUGACCUCAAUGGAUAAGCCUUGCAAAAACAGUGUGCUCAGGAAGGCGGCUGAGCUUGAUGAUAAGUUAGGAGGUCGGAACGUCCAGGCUAUGCAAAAGAUACUGAAAAAGAUAACCGCGCCGGAUGUGUAUUCCGACGAUACCAGACUUCAGGCGUACCUUGAAGCACUAGGGCAAUACGUCUUCUGCCCUCUUCAUAGAGAACAAGAAAAGCCAACGCACGUCAAAAAUUGGACAUCUCAAAUUCAGGCUAUCCGCCCUCUGAACAAAUUAGCCCAGUCAAUUUCAACAGACCCAGCUGCAGUUAAGAUUGUCUAUCCCAAGCAACUCAUUGAAGAUGACAUCUACGAGCAAUUAGGGUAUGACAUAUCUCCAUUCAUGCAUGCCGACCAAGGUAGUCCGAUUUCUGUCAAAUGUAUCCAGACAGCGUUGAAGCCCAAGUCAGGAUCGUCGGAGGGAUAUGUCUAUGCGUAUGAAGUCGAGGGAAACCCAGGCUUCGUGAAGAUCGGUUACACGGGCUUCACGGCUCAGAAAAGAUUCGAAGACAUUGCCUUUAUGUGCAACAGGAAGCCGAUAGGACUUUAUCCUAUCCCGAUAAACACAGGCAAUACCAUCAAAAAUCCCAAACUAGUCGAAGCCUUGUGCCACGUGCAGCUUCGAGAGCACCAAGUAACGAUAGACUGUCAUGCUUGCCUUUGCAAGCAUAAGGAAUGGUUUCGUGUCUCCCGGGAGGACGCAAUUGGCACUGUCCAGAAAUGGUCGAGUUGGAUGGAAAAAGUCGCAGCCAAGUCGGACUGGAGGGAACGGCUAGGUGAUAAAAUUGAAAAGACCCAGAAUCUGGGGCAGCUAUUGAAGCAGUUGGAAGGAGAGACUCUUUGA